AGUAUGAAAUCUGGACUUUUUCUUGCUCACCACAGGUUCUUCUGUGGUGUCAAAGCUUAAGUGCAGAAGCAGUUGCUGCUAAUUUCAGAUUGGCAGAAGGUCAGCAGACUUAGUUUUUAUUAUAUGUUAAGUUUCAAAUAUUAGCUGGGGUGAAAAGCAGGUAAGGAUGCUUUCUCUGUCAUGACUAUGUUGUGUUCUGCAGCUGUAUGUAUUCUUGAUAUAAAAGCUGAAGUAUCAAAGAAUGAAUAAGGUUUUCAGCUGCAUUUUCCACGAAUUAAAUGAACAAUUUGCAGUAGCCAACAGGUUCAGCUUAGACAAAUCAGCAUGGUUAUGAAAAUGAAUAGUUAUUUUCUAAGGUUGACCAUGCAAUUUACACCAUGAACAAUUAUGUUUAUGGUAACGGGGAGAAUAAUUGGUCAAGUCUCCUGAAAUCUCUCAACAAAAGUCUAUGCAACAAUUUAAUUCAUUAUAAUAAAAGCACUGAGGCUGUUUACGGCACAGUCGGGUGGAGUAUAACAAAUCCUCUUAGCUAUGGGCAACCCAUAUGUGAAGAAAAAGACUUCUUUUCUAAGGUUGGCUUAGAGGAUUGCACCAUGAACAACUAUGUCUAUGGUGAGUCGACACUUGAUUUCAUUGAUAAAGCUAUCCCCACGUUCAUGGUUUGGCUUCGUGGCCAUGGCCACAGAUGAAGGGAAGAAACACUUAGGGAGGAGAGAGAUUCUUAUUUGCUGGAGAGGAACAGUGACAAUCUUGGAUUGGGUAAAAGAUCUCCAUUUUCAUCAAUUUUAGGCAAGCAAACCGGAAAUGCUUAUGUACAUGCAUGGUUUUUCUCUUGAGAUUAGUUAAGAAACUGGUGAAGCAGUACCAACAUGAGGAGAUCAGCAUCGCAGUAGCAGGCCAUUUUCUGGGAAGUGCUCUUGCUACAUUAACUGUAGCUGGCGUUGCCAAUGGCUAUAAUUCUAACUCUGGUUUUUCUUCACUGCCCGAUGCCAUGGUAACAGUCUUUGCCUUUUCAAGUCCCAAGGUUGGAAACUCAGACUUUGUGAAUGUGUUCAAUAAGUUCAACAGUCUUCAUCUCUUGCACAUGAGACAUAAUCUCGACAUUGUUCUUAAAGUUCCCGCUACUUCUAACCAUUCGGCAAUGGGAAUUGUGUUAAAUAUCACCUACCCAACUUACUCAAUAAGGGAUUUUUUAGGCCCUACUAUCACCUCUGUAUCUGAAAUGGUGAUCAGGUUUCACAUUUUGAAGAAUUUGCACGAGUCAAUUUAAAAACAACAAGAGAAAAAAUUCCAAUUUUCGUUGCUAGUGCCCGUACAGCAGUUCACAUUGUUCCCCACACAACCAAUCCUGAGGAAGUUUUUGCCGCAGCAGAUCAUGGUGCUCCACAUGGGGGACACGUUGGUGUUCGUGAUACUGUCAUUUUUGACGAUGAAGUUGAAGAAUUAUCUGAUGUGAUAAUUGAAAACUUGCA